AGUGUUUCCUGGAUUUGAUAGAAAUGUUCUCUGUAUUCCAAAUUGUAGUUGUAGCAGUAGUGAUGUUAGUAAUAUUUAUUUAUAUUUAGUUAUUGGGGUUUUCAGCAACCAAAUGCAAAUAAUUUGAAUAUUUUUGUAGUCACAAGUUCUGAUGAGCAGAAAGACCCUUUUAAUCUCCUGUAUCAAUCAGUAUUUAACCUGUAUGUAAGAUAUAUACACCCAUGCAUUAUACAGCGUUGGGGAAUUGUUUGGUUUUAUAAAUGGGUCUUACUAACAGACUCCAGCAAGCAAUGAUAAUUGUACUUAAUGAGUUGAUUUCUGUCCUUUCAGCAUUGGAACGGAUCUUGGCUAAAAUGCUCCCUACGUUGCUUUUCCGGUUUUUCUUCAGCAACAGUAAUGAAUAUUAUCAAGUGAAGUAUUUCCUUGGAGCAAUUGUUGGAUUGUGCAUCGGAAGCGCACUUUACUUUUUGCUGGUUUAUCCAUUAACCACCUUGAAUGACCAGAUCAAAGUCUGCAUAUUUAUUGUUAAUAAUGCUAUAUUUUCCUUCGGAUGGGCAAUGUCCACUAAUUUCCGCUGCUCGACAUUGAUGAUACUCCUGCUUAUCCUGUGCGAAAGUACAGGUGCCCUAACAACUACAGUUGCUAUCAAAGCAAUCACUGAUGGCCCUGUUCCUAAUAUGAUGAAAAAUAUAGAACUACUUGUAAUGAGCUUUGAGUGUACAGGAGAGAUGACCCUUAACCACACAAAGAUGAUGUACACAUCAAUGAUGGAACCUAUAAAGAGGAUAUUUGGUCAAUUGACGAAAAGGUCAUCGAAUUUAACAAAGGACACCAAAGAAAUAACUGAUGAUUUCCGUGAGGUAGAAGAAGAAGUUGAAAGCACUGAGGGAUACGACAAUGUGAGAGAGAAAGAACUGAUAAGGGAAGAAAUCGAGAGAAACAAAACGUUACUAAUGAAUACUCAGAAGAAAUUUAGCAUGAAGACUUUCCUGCGCUGUGAACAUCUCUUUGAAAUGGGCAUAGGGAAGUGCCAUGAAUGGUUUGAUCAGAAAUAUGAUGAAUGCAUGGAGACAAUAUGGUUACCUGUUCUCAAUCAUGCAUUGUGCUGGCCAAUGAAAUUGAAAUUUGUCUGCGGCGCUUUAAAUUGGUUCCUGCCAUUGUGCAAGAAGCACAUCCGCAUCGACCCUUUGUUUGGAGAACUCUAUGAUAAUAUCAGUGGGGCCAUUGACACAUUCAAGCAAAAUGUCACUAUAGAUGUUCAAAUUACGGUCAGAAACAAAACCAUAUUUGAUACGACACUGAAGAAAGUCAAACAAAAUGUGUCCGAAACCGUUGAAGAGAGCGAAUCAGUUUCACAGAAAGCUAUGAAGGCUAUAAAAAUAGUUUUGUCUCUACUCUUCCUCCAAUACAUCAGUUCAGCUUUUGGCUAUGUUGAGAAUUACAAUUCAAACCUUCGCCACGACAAUGUGUACAUAACAACGUACUUCAAACAAAUCGACGCUCGUAGGAGGAAGCAGGGAAAGAGGCACCUGCUACCGCUGAAAAAAGGGGAACGUGCAGAUUUAAUUUACCCAAUAAACUUUGCCCUCCAUGGACCAGAGGUGAAAGCAUUGACAAGCGCUAUGAUAGGGUGCAUUCCGCUGAUUGUUAUUUGCCUGCUUUUACUUGGACUGGAUUUGGGUGUCCAAAAUAUCAUGGACAUUACUAUCAAGCAUUCCAAUAUUAGCUACAACUUUGGCUUUAAACACAAUCUAGAAGUGAUUGUUGGUGGCACCGGAUUCCUGGCAAGAUUUCUCCGGAACACAAUUGGAAAUAUCAAUACGUCCUCUAAUGCGCUUCAUGUGACCAAUAAUACUGUUUGUCUGGCGCAACCGAUUCAUCUGACGUCCCAGCAAUAUAUCGGCACUUGUUUACUACUGACCAUCACGCUGAUCCUUCCUUUUGUCCAGAUAUACAUGAGCCGACUGUGCAGAGUCCUGGCUGCUUACUUUUACCCUAAGACGGAGAAAAGGCGAAUUCUCCAUCUCUAUAAUGAGCUACUGAGGUACAGGGACCUGUAUUUAAAUAUAAAGAGGAAGAACUUAAUGAUCACUGCCAACCGCCACAGAAACUUUAUGAUGUCUAUACCUGGUAUGCUAUUCCGACAAAUGAAAUGGCUGAGAGUCAUUAUAAAGCGACGCUGUUUGGUUUGUAAUGCCAAAGAAACCAAGACUUCCUAUAUUUGCAAGACAUCAAACUGUGACACAGCCUACUGCCUCGACUGCUGGAAGGAGAUAAAGAAAUGCUGCUUUGUUUGCUUACCAGAUGAUUUAAUUGAAAAUUACUUCUGUGAAGAAUAAUACUACAGUGAUGGCGGCCCCUCCCCCUUUUUAAAAAAAUGUUUUGUAUAAUAUACUUUUUUUAAUAUAUUUUGUAAAAUAUAUUAAACAUAUAUUUUAUAUAAUCAGUAUUUAAUAAACUUUAAUAAACUUUUAUAAAUAUGUGUCCAUUGUAUUUGAGAAAUUUUCCGGCCGGCCCUAUUGACGAGCUGACCGAUAUGCAAGUCUUUUGCUAUCAGUUGGCUCGUCUCCCACCAUACAUACUAAAUAUUGCACUAAAAUUUGUUUCAUACCAUAUUAUCUGUGCGUCUAUGGCCACCUUAAGGCGUCAAGCCCGGUUAGGUUGUCUCUUUCCUGGCUCCACUUAUUAUUAUUGAGAAAUCGUGGCAGACAGGCUAAUGAGAUCACUGGGCAAUGAGCUGAGGGGCUGUCAUGACAGAGCUGUGAAACGAUUGUUGCAGGAACAGCCUCCAAAGAGCCCCCACCAAUAAGUAAUUGACCCCUGCUGUAUGCUGGCAUGUAACUGCCCCAGAUCAGCACACCUUGAACAGAUAUUUUGUUUAGAUUGCCAGCUGUCGGCCACUUCUCCCAUUUACAGUGCUGUCAUUACUGAACAGGAGGGACCCAGAAGCACGGUACUAGCUAUGGAGUCACAUUGCGCUCCGACGGUAUACAGCACAAAAGUUCCAUAUAUUCAUCCAGAUGUCAGGUUUAUCGUUGCCCCAAAGAGCUAACGAUCAACUGGGAAAAGAAGCAGUGCUUCCAGCAUUCCCUGUGAAACCAAUAAUGGUUACUCCACAUUACUGUUGUUUACACCCUUUUCUAUCUUACGAAAUCUAAGUUGGCCUUCUGUGUGAGCCAUCGGAUCAUCCCCCGCCACUAGCUUGUGGCUUUUAAGAGAGAGAGACUGCCCAAAGCAACGCCUAUUUUUGAAAAAAAUGAAAUAAUGGAAAAACAAUAGUGAAGGCAAAGUAAAGUUGCAUGUAUAAGUGCACACUUGAAAAGUAUACUUACAACUAUGCUGAUGUAAGUAAUGAAAACUCUUUGGUUAAGCACUGUAAAUAUGUCAGUGCUGAGUAAAUAAAGUAUAAUACUCAUUAAAAAGUAAUGAAAUUGACACUUUUAUUAUAGAACCAUUGGUUUAUUGCCAAGAAGGUACAAAAUGCCUGAUGAAUGUGAAUCUGCCUUUGCAUAUUCUUUUUUACCAUCUUACCCUCCUCUAAGGACAGUGUCUUUAAUUUUAGGGUAUUUGUCAUAUGAGAAAUUUGUGCCACCUUAAGGUGGUGGUAAUUCCAGGGUUUCCAAUGUGGCCGGCAUCAGUCUAGAUAGACUUGAACCUAAAGAAUCCUGUGCUGAUGUCAUUUUAACACAAAUUACACAUUUAUGUUUGCGGGAAAAUACACUGCAUUAUGGGUAAACUUUGCACACUUGCGGUCUUAAAUGAGACAUAUAACAGUCCAACAUAUAUCAUGCACUAUUCAAGUAGCUUUGGGUGUCUGGUGCGUUAACCGUAUCUGUGGGGAGUCAAUCCCAAUAUACAAAUCUCCAACUGGGUCGCACUCCAUAAAAUGUAGCAUUUAUUUCAGAUACAAAAAAACAAUGGCACAUUCAGUGCAUAUAUGCAAAUUUUCAUAGCAUGUCUGUAUAACAUUCUGUAUAAAGUUCUGUGCAGUUCCACAAUAGCAGUGAGUAAUAAAGUUCGUCUCAUAACUUAUCUGUACAGAGUUAUGAAUCGUUGCCACGUUUUGAGGGCAUCUCGCACCCUUUCUCAACCUCGUUCAUAAUCCUUCGUGUUUAGCAGACGAUGUCCGCGUUCAGCAAACCUGCUAGGAAAGAACCAAUUGUAAUACUACCGAUAAGAGAUC